UUGAUUGCAAAUUGAAGGCGGAAGCUACAAGUAUACUAUCUCCUAAGCCCCUGUGUAACAAAACCCCUUCUAUUAAUCAAAGUUAACGUGUUCUCUCAUCUGUCCCAUAUCCCAGAAAUUAGUACUUUUCUGAUCCGAUUAUCCGACGCUUUAAGUAUACAACUAUCAACAAUCCUCAUAAGUAGCGAAUAGACUAUACAGCUGACGGGAAUCAAAUAUUUUUGAUGUUAACAACGACGGACCAUACAACUAGUUUUUAUCACGACUGCCCAUAGAAUUUCUAGCCAGACGAUUUAUAGGAUUAAAUCUGAAUAAACGACUAUUUGGACCGAAAAAGUGAAACUAACCCCUCAAGAAAAUGUUUGGUCUGGAUAAUGACGUAACUUGUGCUUUGCUUGGCGGUGGGCUAUUGGCAUCCGCAACUUCGUUCAACAUGCUGAUGACAGGUCGCAUCACAGGCAUGUCAUCUCUCUUGUCUGCAGUGAUGACAGUGAAGCCUGACUUCAGAUGGAAGUUGACAACAGUAACAGCUAUCAUAUCCACUGCUUUGAUGUCCUACAACCAGCUAGGCAGAGCAGCCACAGUCACUCUUCCACUGCUCGGCGAGCGACUCUCCCUCCAACUGUUCGACUCCUCCCCCCUCCCUGCCACCACUGUCCUCAUCGGGGGGAUGUUGGUUGGGUUCGGAGUGAGACUGGGCAGUGGGUGUACCAGUGGACAUGGACUCUGUGGAAUUCCCAGACUGUCUAAAAGGUCUGUGGCUGCAGUUAGUGUGUUCAUGUCUGUCGGGAUGGCCACUGCUACUUUACUUGACAAACAUCCACUGAUCCCCAAAGUCGACCUGAUCGAGUCUCUUGGAGCCGCUCUAUCAAUUCACAUGCCCAAAUACACCCCAGCCAUCCUCUCAAUUCUCAACUUAUUCACACUGUUCAUCUGGGCCCAAAAACCGAAGGAGAUUAAGGAGUUUGUGAACGCGUAUGUGACUGGAAUUCUAUUCGCAGCCGGAUUGAUGUUGUCUGGAAUGACAAGAGUAUCCAAGAUACUCAGCUUCCUCACUGUCAACAAGAACUGGGAUCCCGCUCUCGCCUUCGUCAUGGCCUCAGGAGUCGGCAUCAACCUGCUCACAUUCAACCUCAUCUUCAAAAGGUCACAACCUCUUCUGACCAAGACGUUCAGCAUUCCACCCAAGGGUGAACUUGACCGUCGAUUGAUUUUGGGCGCAAUGAUUUUCGGACUGGGCUGGGGAGUCAGUGGAACUUGUGUGGGGCCAGCUAUGGCUAUAUCAUGUCUGGCUGAUAAUGGACUGCUAUCUUUGGGUUCUAUCGCACUUGGAAUGACGUUGUUUGAACUGAGUCAGGGAAAUUUGAAAUUCAAGAGAAGUUGACUAAGUUUCUCGAACCCUGGACUUUAAGAGAAAAAAUUAAUGCGAUGAAGCCAUUCAAGUGUGUUAUAUAUUUAUUUGUGAUAAUAGUCACAAGACAAACCAAUAGAAGUUCAAACAAUGAGUGAUGGGCUGUUGUAAAUUUUGUGUUCAUUGAAAUGGGAUAAAUUCACAUUAAAAUACCUUA